UUCGUUUGAUGUCAUUCAAUAUUUGUUGAUUGGUGAACAAAAAGAAAAACGGUGUAUUUUGUCGAAAUGAAUGAGGAACCGCCCGAAGAGCUCGCUGUUGUUGUACGAAAAAAUGCCGAAAUGAGUGUACGAACACGUUUGCAAAAGUUAUGCGAUACGAUACUAGCCGAUCCCACAGGUCUACCAGUGCAAAGUGAUUUAGAUUUUAAAUUAUCAGCAUUAAUAACUCGUCAGUUAAUUCCAUUGCGGGAAUUGGCCAGAAGUGCAGUUCGAACGAUUGAUCCGUCCGAUGACCUGAUCUGCUUAAGAGUUUCGUCUGAUGCAAAAGAGUAUUUUUUGAUGUGGGAUGAAAAUUUUUUGCUCACAGCAAUUCAGAAAAUCGAGUCGACGGGCAAGGAUGUGACCUCUAGGCCUGGCUAUAGCCCAGCAUCUCCAAGACUAUACGGAUAAUAAUAAGAAAAAUCAUUUGAUUUUUUAUAUCAAUAACAGUUCCCGGUCUCGUAGUCAAUUCAAAACACGAAUGUUCAAAAUUUUUUC